AUGGCCGACGAAGUAGUUCUCCCGAUCCCGAACCUCGAACUUCCUGAAAAGCUCUUCAUCCUCUCCAACCCUGCCCUCAAACACCUGCACGACGAGGCACGCCGUGUGCUCCUCGAGGGUCUCAAAGCAGAUCAGAUGGGCCCUUAUUACCGCACACUCACGUCGUCCCCGUCAUCCCCGCUCCCGCUGGACGCUGCGCUACUGGAGAGUAUGGAAGCGGAGAACAAGGCGGAGCUGGAAAAGCUCGAUGAGCGUCUAGCAGAGGCUGAGAAAACGGAGGGCGAAAGCGAGAUCUCGGACGCGCUCAAGGCGCGCGCAAACUAUCUGACGAGGAUCGGAGACAAGGAGAAGUCGUUAGCGGCACAGAGACUUGCGUUGGAGAAGACGCCUGGACUUGGGUCGAGGAUCGAUAUCACGCUCACGAUUGUGCGCAUUGGGUUUUUCUUCAACGAUAAUGCGGUUAUAACCACCAACAUGGCCGAUGCUGAAAAACUCAUCGACGAAGGCGGCGACUGGGACCGCCGCAACCGCCUCAAAGUCUACCGCGGCCUACACCUCCUAUCCACCCGCCAAUUCAAACGCGCCGCCGACCUCCUCCUCGACGCACUAAGCACCUUCACCGCCUCCGAGCUCCUCUCCUACACCCGCUUCGUCGAGAUGACCGUCAUCGCCGCCGCGCUCGUGCUCGGCAGAGUCGAUCUGCGGAAGAGAGUGAUGAUGGCGCCGGAGGUUGUGCAGGUUUUGCCGGACGUGCCGAUUUUGGGGGAGUUGGUGGGCAGCUUUUGGGAGUGCAAGUAUGAUAAGUUUUUUAUUGCGCUGGCUACGCUGGAACAGACGCACCUUUUGCCUUCGCGUACGCUCUCACCGCAUGCGCGGUUCUAUACACGGGAGAUGCGUAUCCGCGCAUACACACAGCUAUUGGAGAGCUAUCGGAGUUUGACACUGGAGAGUCUAAGCGCUGCGUUUGGAGUAAGCGUCGAGUUUGUCGAUAGCGAACUAUCCCAUCUAAUCGCACUCUCGCGCCUCCCCGCCAAAAUCGACAAGGUGCACCGGAUCGUGAGCACGACGCGCCCGAGCCUUAAGAAUGCGCAGUAUGAGGUUGUGGUGAAGAAGGGCGAUGUGUUGUUGAAUCAGGUGCAGAGGUUGAGUAAGGGGUAUCAAGUGGAUUCGGAGGGGAAUGUAUGCAGUGAACGCAUCCCGAUUAUUAUUUUGGGCCUUCCGAAUAAGCCUCCCAGGGAUGAUCAGAUCGAACUCGUGCUGGAGUUGUUGCAAAUGAAAAAGGAGGAUCUGAUCAAGAUCAGGCUCCCGUAA